AAUGGAUCAUUUCAAUGUUCUCUCAGAUGAGACAUACAUACUGGGAGAAUAUAAAUCGCUCAGUAUAGGUUUAUCUAAAUCGAUAAAGUUAAUAGAUAAGGCAUAUCAUACUUGUGCUUGAAAUACAGCUAACAAGAGUGGUUCAAACGUUAUGCUGUAUAUUGACGAUGAAAAGGGAAUCGAAAAGAAGGAGUUGUAGUCAAGAGAGUCUGAAGGGCUUGAAUAGAGCGAUUCGCAAAAGUCAACGCUGCUAUUCCCAGUUGGAAUUAGUCUCGCAGAACCCGAAUUCACCUAUUCCACAGCAAUACAUCAACAACCGGGAAAGUAGAAGGCGGAACGGGUAAGUGUAGUUUGCGCCAUCUCUAGAAUACGACUUACACCUGUAAGAUCACUGCAAAAUUACAUCUGGUGGCCUCCAUAAUAUUGAGCUAAGAUAAGAAUUUGCUAUCUACACUAAAUAUUUAUGGAUAUUAAUUCCUUUGUUCAUUUAAAAUUGAUCAGUUUAAAAUUUCAGUCUGCACCGGCUAUAGUAAGCUAACUAUUGAGUAAGUUUGAGAAAUCAACCAACUUGUUUUUGCCCCACUAUAGCACUAGAUAAGGUUAUGUAACAAUUUAGUUAGCGUGCUUUCGGUAGUUGUCGAGUAAUGGAAUUAAAACUAACAUGAUUAAUACACCUAGACGUAGUCCCCUAGUCGAUUUGGAAAGGGAUCAGUGGGACAAAAUGCGACCUGAAAGGGCCGUUUCCUCUCCGGCUGUCAAUGUCAUCAGUAAAGUUCAAAAAGUCUGCACAGAAAAUCUAAGAGAUUUAACAGAAAAAACCAGAGCCGGAUGCUGUGUUCCAGUUGCAAAGCAAUCUGUUAAAGAAAAUCACCGUCCACAAUACGUUCCUACUACUACUACUACGCCAAAUCGUCGACCAGCACCCCCAAGUUAUGUUUCUCACAAUGAACCUAUACGUGACAUUUAUGACAAAGAAACCGGGAAUAAAUAUUCAAAGGGAAAGAUUCUCGGCAAGGGAGGAUUUGCAAAAUGCUACGAAUUAACCGAUUUGAAAACUGGAAAAUUAUACGCUGGUAAAGUGAUUGCCAAAACUAGAAUUGCAAAACAGAAUCAAAGAGACAAAUUUAAGAGAGAAGUGGAACUCCAUAGUUCGCUGAAACAUGAGCAUGUCGUUAGAUUUUACAGUUGUUUUGAAGACGAUGACAAUGUUUAUAUAGUUCUGGAGAAGUGUUCAAAAAAAUCUCUUAUGCACGUUUUAAGACGUCGGAAAAAGAUUACGGAACCCGAAGUGAGAUAUUAUAUCAAGCAACUGAUGAGUGCCAUGCAUUAUAUUCAUCAGCGAAGAAUUAUCCAUAGAGAUUUAAAGCUUGGAAAUAUGCUUCUAAACUCUUACAUGUCGCUAAAAAUAGCUGAUUUUGGAUUGGCUGCCCAACUUCGAUAUGAAGGGGAAAAAUUACAAACUGUUUGUGGCACUCCAAAUUAUAUUGCUCCUGAGGUACUAAAACGCACGGGAUACAGCUAUGAGGCUGAUAUCUGGGCCAUCGGAUGUAUCAUGUACGCACUUUUGGACGGAAAACCUCCUUUCGAAACUCCCACGUUAGAUGAAACGUACGAAAGAAUUAAAACAAACAAAUAUUAUUUACCUCCAACAUUGUCGUCGGAAGUCAAGUUACUCAUAGCAAAAUUACUUUCACCUGAGCAACAUUCUAGGCCCUCGCUAAAGGAGUUGGAUGGAGACGCAUUUUUUUCGUCUGGAUAUGUUCCUCCCAUGCUUCAUCCAUCAGCUUGCGAAACGGCUCCUCACUUUAAUAUUUCCAGUAUCAGAAUUAAAUCUGCCCCUGCUUCAUCUAAUCACUCUCACUCGAAAACUAUUAACUCCACUAUUUCCCAAACACAACAAUCCACUGUUGAGGAAACAAAGCAAAUCAAUGGCUUUCCAAGUGAAACAAAGAAGUCCUGUAAUCCUCAAAGAAUAUCUCCUUCUCUUAGUCUCACUCCACCCUCACCAACGAACAACAUAAAGGCAAAAUCCGUAGACGAUUUCUUGAAAAUAAAUCGAAAUAAUGAUAUGGCUGUACCAAUUUUACAAACGCCAAUUUCUAUUGGAGCGAAUGACGAUGCUCACGAUUGCCCCAAACCUAAAAUGCCGGAAGCAAAUGAGAAGCCAGCUGAAAGUCUACCUGUAAAUCCACGACCCGAUAUCAUGCCUAUUAAACCAGCUUUGGCGGUUAACAGCAACGAAAUUUGCUACAGGUCAUCAAGAAGUAUAUCGAGAUCUAGGUCUAGAUCAAAGAGCCCUUUUCAUCAUAAUAGUCGAGAUCGCAAGAGUUCAUACAGACAAAGUGAUUUAGGCUAUGGUCUACUAUCGCAGUCUUCUUGGAGUUUACUUAAAACUCUAUCAGAUUGUAUUGAAAAAAUGCCACUCAAAGGAAAGACACCACCUGCUUUAAAAGAUACACGACCGUUAUGGGUUACAAAGUGGGUGGAUUUUUCAAAUCGAUACGGUUUUGGGUUCUUACUUUCUGAUGGCUGUGUUGGUGUCCUCUUUAAUGAUUUAACAAGGGCCGUCCUAAGUGCGGAUAAAAAAUUGGCUCACUUGAAUGAUUUAUCAAACGAAAUAGUCGCAUUUGAUCCGUCUGACCCACCUACGGAAGAGCUUAAUUCGAAAGCUUCUCUAUUGAAAUUCUUCUCUGAUUAUAUGGAUAAAUAUUUAAUACAUGGAGGAGAUGUUCUAAGGAGUGGAAAAGAUCUUGAAAAAUCAUUGUCUAAUCCAGGAGUUUUCAUGAAGAAAUGGUUCCGAACACCUCUAGCGAUCGUAAUGAUGCUUUCAAAUGGUGUAUUGCAAGUUAAUUUUUUUAAGGAUCAUACAAAGGUUGUUGUUACACCUCAGGAAGGGAAAAGUUUAGUUACAUUUGUUAACUCGUCAAGACAAUGCACUAGUUAUAGUUUAAGUCAGAUUCAACAAUUUGGAUGUGAUUCUACCUUGCGAGAACGACUUAUUUAUGUUCGACAUAUGUUGCAAAAGAGUCUUGACAAAAAGUCUAUGAAAUAA